CCCCGCCCCCGUCCGGGACGCUGGCUGCUCGCUCCCCGCCCCUGCGCGCAUGAGCUCGCUCCGCUCCGGCUGCUUCCCGGGAGCCCCGCUCGCUCCCCCGAAAGUGACAAACCGCCGGAGCCGGGGACUCGCUCCUGCCCCCCGGCCCGGAGACAUGGGAGCGCCCCGCACCUGGGCGCGGCGCGCUGCGCUCUGCUGCGCGCUGCUUUGCGCGCCCUGGCUGCCUCUCGGCUGGGCAGCUGCCCGAUCCCCACUGUGAAGUACCGGAAUAGGCGGCAUUCAGCAAAAUGUCUGAUUGUGUCUCUGGGCCUAGCAGGAUAAAAAUAACUUCAAUUCUAAACCUGCCUGAAACCCCGAGAACAAAGUCCUACUUUCCCAUUGGUUACUGUACAGGUUUCUAACUGCUAGGCAAAGACAAGUGUUAGCACCAAAACACUGUCUCCAUGGAUACAAUGUGCCGCUCAGCCUUCCACUUAUUGCAGGAAGGAGAGUGCAAACAGCUGGAGCCCUGUGAGAAAUGCAUUGAAGGAGACGCUUCCCGGAACAUCACCGGCUGCGUGUGGACGCGCUGCGGAGCCGCGGAGGAGCCAGGGCCCGGGGGCUGCAUUGGGAAGGGAGAAGCCACCAAGGAGAUGUGCUCCAUCUACAAUGUCACUGCUACAUGCCCAGCGCGGAGAUCGCCUACCAAGGAGCCUCCGCGCGCAUCCACCAAGGAGACUCAGCACGUAUCCACCAAGGAGCCUGAGAUCCUCACCCCAGGGACGACGGCCGGCCCCCCGCGGACAGCCACCCCCGAGUUCCGCCCGCCUGGCUUCGACUCGGCCAGCUUCGUGGGGGGGAUCGUCCUCGUGCUGAGCGUCCAGGCCGUCUUCUACUUCAUCGUCAAGUUCCUCAAGUCCAAGGACAGCACCUACCAGACGCUGAUCUGACGGCCGCUGCCCAGGGCGGGGCGGUGAAGUGGUUUCCUGUGGGAGGAGGAAUGGACGACGAGGCGGCCGGUGCCCCGGCUGCCCUGCUUGCUCUCGGCCGCGCCCCUCUCCCUCCUUGCUGGGGCAGGAGAGCUGGGCACCGUGGAGCUAUGCAAAGUGCUGCCAGGCCGGGUCCUCCGGGCUCGGAGCCGUGUCGUGUCCGUUAGACUUGCUGCGGGGAGGGCUGGCCCCAGAGCUCCGGGGCCACACGGGCUCCAGCCAAGCCUCGGGCCAGUCCCCAGCAAGAUCUGAUGUCGCUGCCUUGUUUAGGAAGCUCAGGGUGCCCUCCUGGUCCUGCUCUCUCUGGAUGGAUGGACCCCUGGGGCUGAGAGGCUCAACCCACCUUUGCCGGACCCUCCAUGGUGCAGCUCUGCCUCCCUCUAGCUCUGUUUGAUUGUUCCUUCCCCCCCUUGGGGGCUGGCGAGCUCCCCUUUCCUGCUGGAAUUCCAGUGGGUGGGGGUGAGGGGGGCGAAGCUGGGUCAGCCAUUCACUUGGCCUUCACCUUCUGACUGCUGGAGGAACGUCUCCCCCCCCCCCCACACACACACACAUGCCCUGAGCACCCUGGCCUGUAACUUCCCACCAGCCUUCAUCUUUGUAACCUCUGCCCGGUCGGGCGGACCAAUCCUCAGGCACAAGGGCUUUCCCAGGCUACGGGAGCAGGAGAGGUCUCCCCUAGGCUCAGGUGAGCUCCCUCGUGUUGUUCCUUCCAGAGAUCUCAAGGGACCCACAGCUGGUUUCCUCUUUAAAGGUGGCCUAAGGGCGCCGCCCCCCCCCCCGGAUGUUCCCCAGUUCCUCUCUCUGGUGCCUGACAGCUGGCUUCUCCCCUCCCCGGGCCCGAUCUGCUCUGAGGGGGCUGGUUGGGUUAUUCCCCACGCUGGCUCAGUUUCCCUGGGGCUGGCGGGACUCUGGGCUCCGACCCCCGGCCAUGCAGCGCUGUGGGAGGAUGGAGUCAUUGCACGCAGAGGAGGCAAAUAAAAGCACUUUCUUUUUCUUGGA